CUCAUCCCUUUUCACACAGCAGGAUCUAGAUCUCACCUCGCGUCCAUGGAAGUCUCCUCUCCUAUCCUCUUUCUUGGACAGCUUGAGAAUUGAUCCGGCAACCUAGCUCGGAAGAAAUCAUCACAAGCUUAAUUUCCCCUUGACUAGGUUGCAGCUGCAGGGCCUCGAUCGGCAGGGGUUCCGUGACAUCUAAUUGCAAAUGGAACGCCGAUCUACUGUCACACGAAUGGACCUGGAGUUCAUGCUAAUUGAUGAAACGGCAGAGCCCAUGGCUCUGCCACUGACACUUCUGCGUCAUAUCACCGAUGAUUUCUCUGCUGAGCAUGAAAUUGGCAGAGGUGGGUUUGCGGUGGUUUAUAAGGGAAAGCUUGGGAAUAGGACUGUGGCAGUGAAGAGGAUGUCCAAUACGUUUGUAGAUGAAAGCGAGUUCCACCGAGAAGUUCAAUGUCUCAUGAUGGUUAAACACAAAAAUAUAGUACGGUUUCUGGGAUAUUAUGCUGAAACACAUUGGACUAUGGUAACCCAGGAGGGAAAAUUCGUUAUGGCAGAUGUAAACCAAAGAUUGCUCUGCUUCGAGUAUCUUCCUAAUGGGAGCCUUGAUAAGUAUAUCACUGAUGCAUCUUGUGGACUUCAGUGGAGAGACCGCUUCCAAAUUAUCACAGGAAUUUGUCAGGGGCUACAUUAUCUUCAUCAGAAUAGCUUUAUGCACUUAGAUCUAAAGCCCACAAACAUAUUGUUGGAUGAUAAUUUAGUACCAAAACUUGCUGAUUUCGGUCUAUCUAGAUGCUUUGUUGAAUCACAAAACUGGGCUAGUACUUCGAUACGUGGAACAGCUGGAUAUAUAGCACCCGAAUAUUAUAACUAUACUGAAGUCACACACCAGCUUUCGCCCCUUCUUGAUAUCUAUAGUCUUGGUAUAAUAAUAAUAGAGAUACUCACCGGCCGGAAGGGGAAUAUUGACGCUGAUGAGGUAGUUGAAAGUUGGAGUAACAUGGUGGAGAAAUCACAUAGCGACGUACAGAUGGAACAGGUACGCAUAUGUGCUGAGAUAGCAAUAGAGUGCAUCGACUUCAACCCGGCAAAGAGACCGGAUACACAACAUAUAAUCAGUAGACUCGAUCAGAUAAAAAUCAUGGACGGAUAUGUUAAAACUGGCAUGAUUACUUCACAUCAGGCCAAAGAUGCUCCAAAUGAACUGCAUCAAGAUACGACUGACGCACCAGGAGAGACAAGCUUUAAGGUGUUAAAGAUUGGCGUCGGUGCUAUCUCAAAACGGAACUUGAAGAAAAGAAAGAUUCGGGCGGCCAUGGAAAACAAUCCUCACCAUUCUGCUUGGCUUGAGGGGACGAGAGAGAUGGAGGAGGACCCAGUUACUGUUUCGCUCGGCCCCUCGGGCCCUCUCUUCCAGAAGCUCCGUUCUGUCAUUGCUUCGCAAGACAGUCGGCUGAAGAGGGUUAAGGUUGAGAUCUUGUUUCUCGGCCAAGGACUCAAGGGAUUGUGCAACGGAUUUAGCAAGGAUCUAUUUGAGGCGCCGCAGGAUAGCAUUACCAGGUGCUGGAUGAGGCAGGUCCGGGAUCUGUGCUAUGAUACAACAGACUACCUCGACCAGGUCAUGCACUUCAUCCAAUACUCCGGUACUGGUAGGGGUAAGAUCCGUAUUUUUUGGGGGAAACGUCUUGGAUCCAAGAUCUUUCGGGUUUCCCGUAGGCUCACCUGGGUUUCGUUGCCAAAAGUGAAAAGGUUGAAGCGAGGCCUCAUGAUUGCACAAUUAUUAGCAUUGUUAGCUCGUGUCGAGGAUGCAGAUGAAAGACGCGAAAGAUUCAAGAUUUCUCCACCGGAAGCCAGCAAACAUGACUAUUCACAAGCCGCCAGAGCCGGUAUCAGCCACCCCAUGGCCCGACUUCCCAUCCAACUCCAUGUCGACAAGCUCAUCAAGCUGCUGGCCUUCGAGCACGACGACAAUUUGAUAGAAAAAGAACUCAAGGUGGUAAGUAUCUUUGGAUCUGCAAGUUCUGACAAGACAGCAGUUGCGAGGACCUUAUAUCACCGGUAUGGAGGGAAGUUCCAGUACCGGGCUUUUCUACGGGUGUCUCGAGAUCCAGAUAUGAGCAGGCUUCUCACCGACAUGCUCACACAAUUCAAGGCCCCACCAACCCAUACAGUUUCUGAUGUCCAAGGACUUAUUGAAAGUAUCACCAAACAUCUGCAAGGAAAAAGGUAUUUCCUAUCAAUUAAUUAAACAAAACGUGCUGUGCUAUUAAUAAAAUGAACCUAAUGGCAACUAGCAUAAUUCUGCGUUACUCUAUGUUUGCUUUGGGGCUGUCUGGAUAAAGCCCCAAAUAAAGGCCAAAAUAAAUCUUAGUUAACCCAUUUUUUUUAUUAAAGAAGAGUAAACUAGUAAAACUAAAAGCAAGGGGGAUACCUCUGUGAUACUAGUUGUCGGUGUACUAAAGUAUGGGUACCUUAGUAUCCCGAACUUGUGCACGGGCAGUCGCAGCGCCCCG